UAUGCGGAUGGUCUCUGCUCCCAUAUAUAGAGGAGAGAAGGGGAGGCUCAACAUCAGACAGCUGGAGAUUUGCCUCUGCGACUUCACAGAACUCAGAAGAAUCAUUGUGCAUCGGAGCUGACGGGCCCAUCAGGUUUAACCGCUGGCCCAAGAGGAGAGUUGUUUGUGGAUGUACAGGAGCAGAGGACACCCCGCUGGACCAAAGAAACAAUAGUUUCUGCACUACAAUAUUCAGGUUAAAACCAACUGUACCAUUGCCAGGAGCUGCCAUGGCUGGAAAGCUCUCCCAAGAGGAAUUGGAAGAGAUGAAGGCUGCUUUUGAAACAGGAAACAUCACAGAAGUAGCAGCAAAACUGAAGGAGCUGGAGUCAUCAGAAAAUCAAUCACUUGACAUCGCCAUCACAGGGGAGUCAGGCUCUGGAAAAUCAUCCUUCGUCAAUGCCAUCCGGGGACUGACGGAUGAAGAUGAAGGUGCUGCGAAGACUGGGGAGGUUGAAAUAACAAAGUAUCCACAGCCUUAUCCAUACCCUUUACUCCCCAAUGUAACAGUGUGGGAUCUCCCAGGAAUCGGGACACCAAGUUUUCAGCCACACACUUACCUCAAACAGGUAAAUUUCAGCCGCUAUGACUUCUUCAUUAUCAUCGCCUCAGCGCGCUUCACUUCCCACCACACCAAACUUGCUCAGGAGAUUCACAAGAUGGGAAAGAAGUUUUACUACGUGCGCUCCAAAGUGGAUUCCGACUUGCAUGCAGGUCAGACCUGCCGGCCCAGCACGUACAAUGAGGUGCAGAUCCUGCAGAAAAUCCGGAAUUACUGCAUCAAGAACCUGAGGGAUGUGGGUGAGGUCUCCCCAGAGGUUUUCCUUAUCUGCAACUGGAAAUGGGACAAGUAUGAUUUCCCGCUCUUGCAGGAUACACUUCAGAAUAAUCUGGAUGCUCAGAAGAGACACGUUUUCACCCUGGCCCUGCCCAACAUCUCAGAAAAAAUCCUGGAGAAGAAAAAGGCUGAACUGAAGAAACAUAUUUGGAAACAGGCCUUUAAAUCAUGUGCUGUUUCCCUUAUUCCUGUCCCAGGUCUCUCAUUUACUUCUGAUGUAGAAAUGUUGAUGGCAAACAUGAAACAUUACCUCACUGUCUUUGGCUUGGAUGAUAAUUCCCUUGCUAGACUCGCUAAGCAGGUUGGCAAGCCUGUUGCAGAACUGAAGUCUGUUAUUAAAGCAGUCCCUAUGGCCAACUCAAUAUCAAAAGAGUGGAUAAUGCAUUUACUGACCACAUCUGUAUGUGCUGCUUCACUAAUGAUAACUGAAGAACUUUUAGAUUUUGUACCAGUUAUUGGAGUUCUAUUAUCUGGAGGAGUUUCCUUCGGAACCACGUACUACAUGCUGAACAACUUUCUGAAUGAUGUUGUUGAAGAUGCCCAAAAAGUUCUGAUCAAAGCUCUGUCUUAACCAAAAGGUAAAGAAUACACAUAUCAGCAACAAAACAUCCACAGGUACCACACAGGAAAAAAAGGCUUAAAUCUCAUUUCAUCUGCCAUAUCUCUCAAAGUGGAUCAUCGAAAACCA